GAAUACAAGACCGGUUUCGCUCUUGUUCGUGUCCCUGUAUACACGAUGAGUGAUCAUCUGUGUGCAGUUGUGUCUUGGUUUCUCACCAUCAACAAAGAAUGUUCGGAUACCUGGAUAAGGUGUUUACAUGCCACAGUAUCCUGGUUUCUAUCGGAGUACUCAAGGUAGCAUAUCCAGGUUUCUCAAAACCAGGAUAAGGGUUUAUCCAGGUUUCUUAAACCAAGAGAUGAUGUUUAGAUGCACACCACAUAACUGGGAUACGUUAAAAACAAGAUCAUAACCGGCAUAUUAGUUUGCAUUUGAACGCACUCAUUGUUGCCGGGCUGGAAUACUGAACCACCUGGUGUUUACUUUCGGACUUUCGGAGUUUUUGAAACCUCUACGUGUAGGAUGGACAUGGACAAACAGGGAUCGCCUAAGAUGAUUUGUCGGGAAGUUACUAAUUUAAAGACGAUAAAAAUCUUUGCGAGCCGGAGCAGAGAAUUCACUGCUGAGGAUCUGCUCAACAUGUCCUUACCUUUUGGAUAUGUUGUUAGUGUUCAGAAAAUAGUGAAAAAUGGAAUCACAUGCGGCGUGGUGACUUACUCUAACGCUGAUGAUGCUGCCGUAGCCGUGAUUAAACUGAACGACAUCAAAGGGUUCCUUGUGGGUCUAUCGAAGCCCAGAGAGGUCAGAGAGGCCCACGCGACUGGAAGAUCAGAAAGUCAGAGUGCCAAACCCCCCCGUCUCCUAAAAGAUAGGUUUAGUGACAUGCCACCACAGAGACUGCCCUCUCUGCUGGACACACUGUAUCCACCGGCUUACAGCCAGACUGUGUGUCUUCAUAUUGGUAACUUGCCCAGACAUGUCGAUCAAAGGUACCGGGUGCUCAGCCUCCUCCCUGCAAACACGACCAAUGUCAAGGUGGAGAAGAGAAGAGCCCUAGUGACACUUCCUGACAUCUCCACCGCGUUGUGGCUCAUGGAUUUCUUAAAUGAUCUCUACACUGGCUCCAAACGCCUCCGUGUUUCCUUUGCACACCAUGGAGGUGCGGCAUACCCUGCAACGAGGGCAGCACGCAGAAAACACCAUCACCAGCACCGCGGGCUGCUCUAAAUCCUCUGUGUACUUCGGGAUCUCUUGAGACUGCUACAGCUAGAGCGCUGGAGUAGCCAGCCUGAUCAAAUAAAUAGUUUCCACAUGUUCAAAACAACACAAUAGCACAGCAUAAUAUUAAUAAAUACCCGUAUCUCUGCA